UUUUCAUCAAGCUUGAACAUUUUUUGGACUAAACAAAAGCAGCUUCCAGACAACCUUAAACCUCGCAUUGUAGCUCGAUUUGGAGCUGAGAGCUGGAUCCUUCGAAAAAUGUUGAGUCCAUUGAAGAGAAAUCCCAACUUUCGAUCCUAUUCCAUGGAGCUAGCGGGUGCGAAGGGCAAGAAUUCAGCCUUCUGAUUGACUCAAAACUUUUCCACGAAGAAAAUUCGUCGCUUGUGGCACGAAUUCAUCUCUUUCUACCUCAAUUUCCCUUUCAUAUUUCACUGUUCAGCUGAGUCUUUCCUCUAACUUCCACUCCAUUGAUUGCUUCUGAGAUAAGCCACCAUUUAUUUCCAACGCCGAAGUGGGAAAUUUCACCUUCGUCCUCUUCACUUUCUCGCCAAACCCCUCGAAUCGCCGCCCCUGAUCUUCAACAUAACCCUUCUCCGAAGCAAUUUAUUGCUUCAAUUCCUAUUUUCCGGUGACCCCACGUCGCCAACAGUUGGUGGAAUUUCUUGAACAGCCUUGUUUUUGUUCCUUUUUUUCCUUUUUCCCAUCUUGUUUCUGCGUUGGCAAAGCUUGGCUGGUGAAUCAGAUUUGGGUCUGUGGAGAGGAGCUCUGAUUCUGGUCAUGGGUUAAGAAGAAGAAGAAGAAGAAGAUCUACUUGCUUCGAGCUUGGAGGCUGUAAUGGAGGUUUUUGAUCCUUACUCUUGUGUAUUCAGUCUCUUCUCGAAUGGUUAAAGGCUGUUUUUUAUGUUUCUGUUUUGAAGCCAUUGACGCCUUUGCUUUAGCUCUAAAUAGCGGUAUUUGAAGCUCUUUUGUAUUAAUUAAUCAUGGCUAUUAAUCAGAAACCUCGCCUGAAAGAUGCUGCUCUUAAACGUUUUAAAUUGGUAGUUCUUGUGGCAUUAUUGGUGUUUGUGCUGUUUUUGAUCCUUGUGGAAACGAAUUCGUUCCAGAAUUUCGGUCCUUGGUUUUCUGAUGAUCCUUAUCUUGGUUAUGAUCAUUUUGAUCCUAAAGUACUCAGGCUGCCCAAACAAAGUGAGUUGUCGAUUCGUUUGGAGAAGAGAAACUGGUUGCCACCCCGAAACUUAGAUCUAUAUCCAAAGCUAGCCAAGGAUCAUAUACCUAUUGUACUUUACGUGCACAACCGACCGCAGUAUCUCCGAGUGGUAAUCGAAAGCCUGUCCAAAGUUGUAGGAAUAAGUGAAACCUUGCUUAUUGUUAGCCAUGAUGGAUAUUUUGAAGAAAUGGACAAGCUUGUCCAGAGCAUUAGAUUUUGCCAAAUGAAACAGAUUUUUGCCCCCUACUCUCCUCAUCUCUUUCCCAACAGCUUUCCCGGAGUGUCGCCUGGAGACUGUAAGGGCAAGGAUGAUGAUAAGAUAAUACAUUGCAGAGGGAAUCCUGAUCAGUAUGGAAACCAUCGGUUGCCUAAAAUCGUUUCGCUAAAGCACCAUUGGUGGUGGAUGAUGAACACAGUGUGGGAUGGGUUGAAUGAGACGCGAGGGCGGUCAGAUCAUGUUCUGUUUAUCGAAGAGGAUCAUUAUAUAUUGCCAAAUGCAUAUCGGAAUCUGCAAAUACUUGUAGAAUUAAAGCCUAAAAAGUGUCCUGAAUGCUAUUCUGUGAAUCUAGCUCCUUGUGAUGUGAAAUCAAGAGGAGAGGAUGGGAAUUUUCUUUUUGCCGAGAGGAUGGGAAAUAUCGGCUAUGCUUUCAAUCGGACGACUUGGAGGAAAAUCCAUAAAAAAGCAACAGAGUUCUGUUUUUUCGAUGAAUACAAUUGGGAUAUAACGAUGUGGGCAACAGUUUAUCCCUCAUUUGGUAACCCUGUUUACUCACUACGAGGGCCUUGGGCGAGUGCAGUUCACUUUGGCAAAUGCGGUUUACACCAAGGUCAUGGGGAAAUGGAUAUUUGUUACGACAAUGGCGUGUUAAACAUUGACGUUAGAGAUGUCGACAAAGUUGCCAACAUUAAUUCUGAGUGGGAAGUAGAUUUCUUCAAAAAUCAGCCUGGCUAUGGGGCUGGUUUCAGAGGUUGGGGAGGUUGGGGCGAUGAAAGAGACCGUCAGUUGUGCCUAAAUUUUGCUCGCAUGUAUUCUUCCACGUCGAACGUCUCUCGUUCCUGAAGGUUUGAUGAGUGAAUAGUUUUUCGACUUGAACUAGCCUAGCAUAAGGAUAACCAGACCCAGACUUCUGUGUUGUUUUGUUACAUAAUUACUCAAAACUCAUUAUCUGUAGGUCUAUUGACAGUGUCUGUACUUCAUUCAAGAGUCACAUUUUCGAUCAUGCAUGUAACGGGAAUGAGGYUUCCGAUGCUUAUGGAAAAUGAUAUGGUAGAACUAUUCCUCUUUCGAGUGAGGUUUCCGAUGCUUAUGGAAAAUGAUAUGGUAGAACUAUUCCUCUUUCGAGUUCGGGUUAUAGACUGUCAAUAAUCUUCAACUU